UGUUGGCGAUGGGGAUUCGAGGCACAUAGGUUAUAAAGUUGAAAUGCCAGGUGCUUUUGAAAUUGCCUCUAAUGAUGUUACUGUUGGCCGGCUUCCUCAGAAGGCAGAUAUGGUGAUUCCAGUUGCAACUGUGUCUGCUGUGCAUGCCCGCAUUCAGAAAGAAGGAGGUAACCUUCUGGUGACAGAUUUGGAUAGUACUAAUGGAACGUUUGUUGACGAGAAGCGGCUGAGACCUGGACUUGCUGUUCCUGUGUCUUCUGGAAGCUGUGUUACCUUUGGUACAUCCUUGACUCCCAUCACCCACAUUGAAUUCUUCAAUGCAUGUAUAUAGGUAUAUGCAGUUAGCACAAACUUGCACAUUAGAUGCUUGUAAAGUUUAAGAAAUGUUUUAACACUUGGUGAGAAACCAAGCUUGCAAAGCAUCAAGAAACAAUAUGUUUGUUGCGUUUGCCAUA